GUCCCAGAUCUAGACGAACCAAAAAACCUCAGAAAAAUAGUCCGGAAGACAAGCGCCCCCGAACAGCAUUUUCCAGCGCCCAACUCCAGAGGCUCAAACACGAAUUCAACGAAAACAGAUAUUUAACAGAAAGGCGUCGACAGCAGUUGAGCAGCGAACUGGGCCUCAAUGAGGCCCAAAUAAAAAUCUGGUUCCAGAACAAAAGAGCGAAGAUCAAGAAGUCUUCCGGUCAGAAAAACGCGUUGGCCAUACAGCUGAUGGCGCAAGGGUUGUACAACCACUCCACGGUCCCUUGUGAUGAGGACGAUAUGCCCCUGUCGUCCUAA